CUCAUUAUCGGAACCCCAAUUUACCAAUCGAAUGUCGACAAAUGGUCAUAUGAUUGGCACAAAUACCCGGGUAUUCCCUACACUUUUAAAGUAGAAGACCCUCUGAUUCCUGUGGGAGACGAUGUCCAAGAGUUGACCAACAGAUACUGGCAUUACUCCAUCUACUUAUCCGUCGCCUAUAUUAUAGUCAUCUUCGGGAUCAAGCAUUUAAUGAGUUAUCGUAAGACUGGAUAUGAUUUACGACGAUAUCUGACGGCUUGGAACUGCUUUCAUACUGGCAUUACUCCAUCUACUUAUCCGUCGCCUAUAUUA